AAAACUAAGUUUAUUUGGUUUUCCUUCCACUUAAGGAAGAAGACAGGAAAAGGGAACUAGAAGAAAUGAGGAGAAGAGAGAAUGAAAUAGUUUAUAAAGCUUGGUUACAGAAGAAGAAAGUACAGCUAAAAGAAGAAAAGCGAGUUCGUCGUGCAAAGCAGCUGGAAGAGCUGAGGAUGAAAGACGUGAACAGGGAUCCAGAAGAAGCCUACAGGUUAUGGCUUAAAAAAAAGCACCAACAAUAUAUGAAAGAAAAACGGAUAGAAUUUUUGAGACGCCAAACUGAGGAAGUGGCCUUUGUACCAAGGGCAGAGGAAUGCGACAGAGCUUUUAGAGAGUGAGUAGGGUCAUUCCUAAGGGACCA